GGCGCCGUGUGGAGCUGAAGAACCAGGGAUCCACCAUGCCCACAUUCCCACCACGAACCACUCUGAGGCUGCCCGCUGCCCCCUCGCCCUGCUGAGGCCAUGGAGCUGCUGCUGCUGCCACUGCCAUCACCACAGGAAUUUCGGCUCAGCRAGGGGACUCUCGGUGCCUCUGCCAUGGUGACAUGAAGCUGACAGCGAGGGACGCUCGACUGCUGGAGGGGAGAGAGCCUGCACAGGCGGCCUGCUAGUAUUUUAAUUUAUUAGUAGUAUUCAAUUUGAUUUUACGUAACUUUUCGUUGUUUGGUUGGUUGCUUCUUCCCCUCCCCGGGGCUUGUGAGGGGAGGGGGCGGGCAGGGGAGAGGGGCCCCACCUCGCCCAGCGGAUGCAAGGAUGACUGUGCUGGCCAGGGCCCGGCGGGGUAUCUGGCAGCUCUCUCCACAGGUGGUGUUGCUCCUGCUCUUUGCCUUCUGCCUGCUCAGUGUUUUCGUCUCUGCUUAUUAUUUAUAUGGGUGGAAAAGGGGCUUGGAGCCCUCUGGGGACGUGGCCGGGCCGGACUGCGACGAGCCCAAGGUCGCCCCUUCUCGCUUGCUGCCACUGAAGACCCUCAAGGUGGCUGACUCCUCCCGCACAGACCCCUUGGUGCUGGUCUUCGUGGAGAGCCUCUACUCCCAGCUGGGCCAGGAGAUCGUGGCCAUUUUGGAGUCGAGUCGCUUCAAAUACAGGACAGAGAUUGCCCCGGGGAAGGGGGACAUGCCCACGCUGACCGACAAGGACCGGGGACGCUUUGCGCUCAUCAUCUACGAGAACAUCCUCAAGUAUGUCAACCUGGACGCCUGGAACCGGGAGCUGCUGGACAAGUACUGUGUGGAGUAUGGCGUGGGCAUCAUCGGCUUCUUCAAGGCCAACGAGAACAGCCUUCUGAGUGCCCAGCUGAAGGGCUUCCCCCUGUUCCUGCACUCCAACCUGGCGCUGAAGGAUUGCAGCAUCAACCCCAAGUCGCCCCUGCUCUACAUCACACGCCCCAGUGAGGUGGAGAAGGGUGUGCUCCCCGGAGAGGACUGGACUGUCUUCCAGUCCAACCACUCCACCUAUGAGCCCGUCCUCCUGGCCAAGACCAAGUCAGCCGAGUCCAUCCCGCACAUGAGCGUGGACGCUGCGCUGCACACCACUGUGAUGCAGGACCUGGGCCUCCACGAYGGCAUCCAGAGGGUGCUUUUCGGCAACAACCUCAACUUCUGGCUGCACAAGUUGGUCUUUGUGGACUCUGUCUCCUUCCUGACGGGCAAGAGGUUGUCCCUGCCCCUUGACCGCUACAUCCUGGUGGACAUCGAUGACAUCUUUGUGGGCAAAGAGGGCACACGCAUGAAAGUGGAAGAUGUCAAGGCACUGUUUGACACACAGAAUGAGCUGCGCACCCACAUCCCGAACUUCACYUUCAACCUGGGAUACUCAGGGAAAUUCUUCCACACAGGUACCGAUGCUGAGGACGAAGGUGAUGACCUGCUGCUGUCCUAYGUGAAGGAGUUCUGGUGGUUCCCUCACAUGUGGAGCCACAUGCAGCCUCACCUCUUCCACAACCAGUCGGUUCUYGCUGAGCAGAUGACCUUAAACAAGAAAUUCGCUGUCGAGCAUGGCAUCCCCACUGACAUGGGGUACGCUGUGGCCCCCCACCACUCGGGCGUGUACCCUGUCCACGUGCAGUUGUACGAGGCUUGGAAGCAGGUYUGGUCCAUCAGGGUGACGAGCACGGAGGAAUAUCCACACCUGAAACCCGCUCGCUACCGCCGCGGCUUCAUCCACAAUGGCAUCAUGGUACUCCCCAGGCAAACCUGUGGCCUCUUCACRCACACCAUUUUCUACAAUGAAUACCCUGGUGGCUCCAGUGAGCUGGACAAAAUCAUCAACGGGGGUGAACUGUUCCUGACCGUGCUCCUCAACCCCAUCAGCAUCUUCAUGACCCAUCUGUCCAACUACGGCAACGACCGCCUGGGCUUGUACACCUUCAAGCACCUGGUCCACUUCCUCAACUCCUGGACCAACCUGAAGCUGCAGACAUUGCCCCCUGUGCAGCUGGCACAGAAAUACUUCCAGAUCUUUUCUGAGGAGAAGGACCCGUUGUGGCAGGAUCCAUGUGAAGAUAAACGACACAAAGACAUUUGGUCCAAAGAAAAGACCUGUGACCGAUUCCCGAAGCUUCUCAUCAUUGGGCCUCAAAAAACAGGAACAACCGCCCUUUAUCUCUUCCUGGGGAUGCACCCGGACCUGAGCAGCAACUACCCCAGCUCAGAGACCUUYGAGGAGAUACAGUUCUUCAAUGGACACAACUAUCACAAGGGCAUCGACUGGUACAUGGAAUUCUUCCCCAUCCCCUCCAACACCACCUCUGACUUCUACUUUGAGAAAAGUGCCAACUACUUUGACUCUGAAGUGGCUCCCCGGCGAGCUGCAGCGCUACUGUCCAAGGCCAAAAUCAUCACCAUCCUCAUCAACCCUGCAGAUCGAGCCUACUCCUGGUAUCAGCACCAGCGAGCUCACGAUGACCCGGUUGCCCUGAAAUACACCUUCCACGAGGUGAUCACUGCAGGGCCCGAGGCCGCCCCGAAGCUGCGGACGCUGCAGAACCGCUGCCUGGUGCCGGGCUGGUACGCCACCCACAUCGAGCGCUGGCUCAACAGCUACCACGCCAACCAGAUCCUGGUGCUGGAUGGCAAGCUGCUCCGAACAGAACCCGCCAAAGUGAUGGAGGUGGUCCAGAAAUUCCUCAGCGUCACCAACUUCAUCGAUUAUCACAAGACCUUGGCGUUUGAUCCAAAGAAAGGAUUCUGGUGUCAGCUUCUGGAUGGAGGGAAAACAAAAUGCUUGGGAAAGAGCAAAGGGAGGAAGUACCCCGAGAUGGAUUCAGAUUCACGCGCCUUCCUGCGGGACUAUUACAGGGACCAUAACAUAGAGCUCUCCAAGCUSCUGUACAAAAUGGGGCAGACUCUGCCCACCUGGCUGCGGGAGGAGCUGCAGAGCACCAGGUAGCUGCUGCUGCUGCCACCCCCCAGCAACCGGGGGUGACCCUGCGCCGGUGGGACCUUCUCAGCAAUACCCGACCUUGGAGGGGUCCCCAGGAGCACACAGCAUCACUGGAGGCUUGGAGGGGACCCC